UAACAAUCUUGAAGAAAGAUAUUAUUUCUCGAGUUUUGGAAAAUCCAAAAUGGCAAACUUGGAAAAUGCAGUUUCCGAAAAUGUUGUUGUUGAGAAUAAUGUGGAUGAAAUCCCUGAAAAUAAUGUGUCUGUGACUAAUUGUGGAGACACACUUGACUAUGUUGCUACGGGCUCGCAAAGAAUUGAUUUAACUGGAAUGCCGGAAAAAUUUUCUGGGCAUUUUUUCAAGCGUUGGCAACAACGUAUGAAAAUUUGGUUAAUCACCAAGGGCUUGCUCUCGGUAAUUAUGACGGUGUGUCCCCCCGUUGUUGAAUCAGAUCCCAAAAGUCUUGAACGCCAAGCUUUAUGGCGUGAGAGGGAUGAAAUUGCAAAAGGCAUGAUUUUGUUGGGUCUCUCCAACAUGUUAUUUGAUGUCUAUUGCACCCUCCACGGCACGGCUAAGGACCUUUGGGAUGAGUUGGAUAAGAAAUAUAAUACUGAGGACCACGGUCUUGAAAAGUAUAUUGUUUCUAAAUUCCUACGAUUUGACAUGAAAGAAGGUAAAUCAGUGUUAGAACAGACACAAGAAUUUGAGCUUAUCUUACAUUCUCUUCGUGAAGCGGAUAUGGAAUUGCCUGAAAAAUUUAAAGUGAUGGCGGUCAUAGAAAAAUUUCCCAAAUCAUGGGAAGAUUUUGGUAUGACUUUAAAACAUAAAAUGAAAAAGAUCACUUGGAAAUCUUUGAUGCAUUCCAUUACUGUUGAGGAGGAGCAUAAGAAAGCGGGUUAUAUUGCGCCUGUUGAAUUUCAACCGAAGGCUCAUGUCAUAACUGGGGGAAAGCAAGCACAUAAUUCUAAAAAUAAACACUCACCAUCUUUUAAACCCAUAAAGGCCAAACUAAAAAUUGCAAAGAAAUCAAAGGCAAACCGACCAUGCUGGAACUGUGGACAGAUGGGGCAUUGGGCCAAAUUGUGUCCUAAUAAAAAGGCCAAGGCUCAAUCUGGGGGACCUCAAGUCAACAUGGUGACUGGCUAUUAAUGGCCUGUGGUUGGAUGAACAGUGAUGAUGGGGAACACAAGUGCUGCAAGUGUGCAAGGAAUUGGAAAAGUAGAAAUUAAAUUUCCUUCGGGAAAAAUUCUAUCUUUGCAUGGGGUGCAUCACGUCCCCGAAAUUAGAAGGAACAUUGUUAGUGGUUCCAUUCUUGUUAAGGAGGGUUAUGAGCUAUCUUUUAAAUUAAAUAAAGUUGUAAUUUUAUUUGGCGGAACUUUUAUUGGCAAGGGUUACUUGUCGGAUGGACUUUUUAAGAUUGUGGUUGAUUAUUUUGAAUUAAAUUAUGUAUCUGAGAAUUGUGAUUCUUCUUGUUUAUGGCAUUGUCGUUUGGGUCACG